GCCCCGCUUGGGGGGUUGGGGCUGGGUCCCGGCGGUGGCCCGGCUCUGGCCCUGCGCUGGCCGAUGGGGCCCCGGGCGUUGGGCCCCGGCCGGCGCCUGCUGCUGCUGCUGGUCCUGGGGGGGGUGGCCGCCGCCGCCGGCCUGGCCUCCGCCCUCUUUGCCCUCUGGAAAUCCUACUGCCGUUCCCGUCCCCCCCGCCCCCAACCCCGGGAGCUGGCUGGGGACGAGCGUCAGGUGCUGGUGCUGGGCCUGGACGGGGCCGGGAAGAGCAGCCUCCUCCGCUGCCUGGCCGGACAGGCCGCCGAGGGCCACACGGCCCCCACCUGGGGCUUCAACUCCGUGCGGCUGCCCACCCGGGCUUUCCGGAUGGACCUCUUGGAGGUGGGGGGCGGCCAGAACCUGCGCUUCUACUGGAAGGAGUUCCUGAGCCAGGCGGACGUCCUGGUGUUCGUGGUGGACUCCGCCGACCGGCCGCGCCUCCCCUGUGCCAGGCAGGAGCUGCACAUGCUCCUGGCAGAGGACCCUGACCUCCCGGUGCUGGUCGUCGCCAACAAGCAGGACAAGAGCGGAGCCCUGAGCUUGGACGAGCUACAGCGGGAGCUGGAUCUUCACGGCUUCGACGGGCAGCGGGAGUUCUUCCUCCUCCCGACCAGCGUGGCCCCGGCCGGCCCCGGGGCCGCCGCCCCCUACGUCCUCCACGUCCGGACUCUGCUGCUGGAGCUUCUGUCCCAGGCUUGACCGGUUCUCUAGUUGACCGCCCCCGGCCCCCCGUGCCGAGAGGAAUGAGCAGACCUGGCGGCAAGACCCUGGCUCAGGGAAGAUGGUGGCCCUGGGACCGGCUUGGCCUUUCCUCCCUCCCUUGCCUGUGGGGACAACGGUGCCACCCUGUCUUUUCUGGGCAGGAAGUGUCCUUUCCGGUGACUUUUCCCCUCAGUGGCCGCCGACCGUGGCCAGCGUCUGGCAGCACGAGUAGGCUCCGGCCCGGUGUCUCUGGUCAAGCCAGGGGGCUGACGGGAUUGCCGGCAGUCGCGCCUGGAUUUUCCUGCCUGUUCUCCUCCAGACCCGCAUGUUCUCCUGGGGUCCUGGCCCCCGAAACGCCUGGGAAGCAAGAUGUCCCCCAGUUGCCCACGCCCGCUCUGGGGGAACCGCGGCUUCUCGGUCGUGCCCAGCUGCCGUCCGCUGACAGCGGGCUCACCUCAGCCUGGCAGAGAACUGCCAUUCGCCCCACUCCGCUCUUGCUCUGUCAGUCGAUCGACGGGUGAUAUUUCUUCAGCGUUUGGUGCGUGGCACGUUGAGGAAGGCAGCCCUAACUCAAGGCCUGGAACAGUGGGUGACUUGAACGAGUCCCCCGUCCCCUCGGUGACAAAGGAACCCGACGUGUGAUGUGACGCGUGUAGGGGUCCGGAGGGGCCUAUGCUGGGGUCGCGGCACCCCGCCCCCUCUCCCCGAGAAACAGCCUCUUCCCCCUCCCUGCCUGAACCAAGAGUAGGGGGCUCUUCGCCCUCACCCCUUUCCCCAUCCUGUGACGUGAACGUCCCCUGCAGCUCGUUUUCCCAGAUUCCCUCUGUACCCAGUGGAGGCCCGGAGACUUAGGAGGGAAAGGGAUAAUAAUGAAGAAUCGUUGUAGUCUCUGCUAAGCGCUUAUUAUGUGCCAAGCGCCCUAUAAAGCGCUUGGGUAUCCACACGAUAAUCAGGUUGGACACGGUCCUUGUCCUAAAUGGGGCUCGCAGUCGAAGGGGGAGGGAGAACGGGUAUUUAAGCCUCGUUCUACAGAUGAGGAAACCGAGGCCCGGGGAAGUUAAGUGACUUGCCCGAGAUCAGCGGGCAUGGGAAAAAGCUGAGAUUAUUAUUACCAUAAUGAUAUGAUAAUAAUAAUAAUGGUAUUUGUUAAG